AUGGCAGGUUUAUUUUGUUGUAGAGGUUUGCACACUGUGAGGCCACAUAUACCGUUAAUUCGUUUUCCAACGCGAUUUCCACUAGGUAAGGGUUUAGGACAUCAUAUUUAGAAUAGUUUGAGAAAGAAUGAUUCAACCAAAAUUGUUUGAAUAGUGCUUUAUAGCUCACUAAACAAUCCAAUAUCGACUGUAUUAAAUUGACAUUAUUGACAAUAUAUAAACUUUGAGUAUUUAUGUGUUUUUGUGCUUAUACAAUACAAAAAUAUUAACAUUGCAUUGAUGUAUAGUAGAGUUGGGAUUGAUAAGAUAUUUUGUUAUAUGAAAUCAGAUAUCAUUUUUGCUUUAGGGAGCUCAACUUUGUCUGGGAAACCAAGUACUGUUGCUCCUGAAACAAGAAUAUCAAAUAAUAACAAUGAGUUGAGCAUAAAUAACAUUGGUGUGGUGGAUGAUUCAGAAUUACCAACUAGAUACAGAAGGGCAGCCAUUUUGCCCGAAGAAAUACUCUAUGUAGAGGUAUUCUCCUUAGAAUUAGCAGCAAAUGCCACUGGCUUUGACCUUACUUGUAUUUCAUAAAAAAUUCCAUUUUAACAAUAAAACAUUAUUAUUAUUAUGACACAUCAAAUUUGACUUUUUUCUUUUUAGCAAGGUGGACCUGAUUAA